UAGAAUCAUUUGACUUUAAAUCGUCGAAACGAAAUAUUUUUUUAUCGACUUAGAUUGAAUAUUUUAUUUAUUAAGAUUUUCUUAUGAUGCAGCUUUAAGCAUAUAUAUAUAUAUAUAUAUAUAUAUAUAUAUAUAUGUAGAUAUAUAGAUAUAUAUUAGUGUGCAUAAAAUACGUAAGAUUAAUUUUACUUGAGGAAAAAUUAAAACCAAUAUCAUAAAAAAUGUUAGAAAUAACUUGCAAUGAUCGAUUAGGAAAAAAGGUUAGAGUGAAAUGUAAUCCAGAUGAUACUAUCGGUGAUUUGAAGAAACUAAUAGCAGCUCAAACUGGAACACAUUGGGAAAAAAUUGUAUUAAAAAAAUGGUACACUAUCUUCAAAGACCAUAUUAAACUGCAGGACUAUGAAAUACAUGAUGGCAUGAAUUUAGAGUUAUAUUAUCAAUAGUUAUGUAUAGAUUCGUCAUAAGUUCUGAUAAAGUCUUAAUGUAUUAAUAAUUAUUCUGUUUUCACUGUUAUAAUAAAUUUUUUAUUUUAAAUGA